AUUAAUGUGAUCAUCUAGAGAGGCCAGAAUAUGGCAUUAUUCCCAGUUGGGCAAAACUGUUAUACAAAAUUGUUAUGAGAACUUAUUUUUCUCAAAAAGUUCAACAUUUAAAAAGUUUUAAUUAUUUUAUUGUUGUUUAGAUGGAAGACGUCAUAGCACGCAUGCAAGAUGAAAAAAAUGGAAUUCCUAUUCGUACUGUCAAAAGCUUUCUUUCCAAGAUACCUAGUGUCUUCUCCGGGUCAGACAUUGUUCAAUGGUUAAUAAAGAACUUAACUAUAGAAGAUCCAGUGGAGGCUCUCCAUCUGGGGACGCUGAUGGCCGCCCAUGGCUACUUCUUUCCCAUCUCAGAUCAUGUCCUCACGCUCAAGGACGAUGGCACCUUUUACCGAUUUCAAACACCCUAUUUUUGGCCAUCAAAUUGUUGGGAGCCAGAAAACACAGACUAUG